AUGAAACGGUGGUGGUGGUCGGAAGGGCUGGGCGGCCGGGGUGGUCCCUUCUGGGAAGUGAGCAAAAGAGCCGAAGCCAAGGGCUGGGGGAGGGACGAGGAGCGAUUUCGGGGCAUGGCGCAGACGAAGCUUGCUGCCGGACGUCCGUACAGUAUCAUGGUUACGGCUGCUCCGUUACGGGGGGCGAUGCAUGCACGCCAAGAACGAGCGAGCAAACUUAGAAGACGCCGAGAACACGAAAAGAAGCUGAAUGGAAGGAAAUCGAAGGAGCAUAACUGA